AUGUAUGAUGUAGACGACGUUAAUGAACCCAAGGAUGAUUACUUUGAUGAGAAUUUUAAUGACCUUUUUGGUGACAAUUAUGAUGACACUUGUGAUGGCAAUUCUGAUGACACUUUUGAUGACAAUGACACUGAUACUGGAAACAUAAACAAGGAUGAUACAACAGAUAACGAUGCAGGCAAUAACGCUGCUGCUAGUCAGAUUGCUACGGCUUCUAAGGCAGUAGCCAUAAUUUUUCAAGGCACGGUGAGCCAAUGGACCAUUUCUCGGUAUCUGGACAGCACGACGCAGACCAACAACACUGCAGAGUAUAUUGCUCUGGUUGAAGGACUUCGUGGCGCUCAACAUCAUGGCGUGCGUCGCAUCAAGGUGAUGAGUGACAGUGCGCUGGUUUUGGAGAGAGUGCGUGGACGCUACUCGUGCAAUAACGCUCGACUUCGACGUUUGAGGAACAAGGCAUCGCACUCUCCUUCACAGCUUUGA